AUGCAAUCAGUCUUUUCGAAUGAGGUAGAGGAAAUACGACGCAGCCUUUACGUGGACGACCUCAUAUCGGGAGGGAACACGCUUGAGGAGACCGAGAAUCUGAAGAAAUCGUGUGUGACCAUCUUCAGUGAAGGGAAAUUUGAACUGCACAAGUGGCAUUCAAAUAAUCCGAAGCUUGAAUUGGAACCAGAGCCCUUUGAAGAAGUUGAAACGAGCUAUGCAAAAGAGCAAUUAGGAGUAAAAGCUGGAGAAAUAAAGUUGCUUGGCGUACCUUGGGAUAAGAAUACGGACAGUAUCAAGGUGAACUUUCCAGAGCCGUUGAAGGAAAUCACGAAACGAAAUGUCCUCGGUAACAUCGCUAAGAUAUAUGACCCCUUGGGAUUUGUAUCACCCACAACAUUACAGGGAAAAUUGAUCUAUAGAGAAAUCUGUGACGAACGGAUGUCUUGGGAUAAAGAAUUAAACCCGGAAUUGCUCACCAAAUGGAUUUCAUGGGAACUAAACCGACCGAAAGAAGUUGAAAUAGCGAGGAGUCUUGUUAGAUAUCAGGAGGAAAUCGAUGCAAUUGAUCUACAUGCCUUUGGCAAUGCUAGUGGUAAAGGAGUGUCAUCAGUCGUCUAUGCCAUCACCAGGCAGCCGUCAGGUGUCAGCCAAGGUAUUGUGGCAUUGAAGUCAAGACUCGCAAAAAAGGGUUUAACCAUCCCAAGACUCAAACUCAUCGCAGGACAUAUGUCAGCAAACUUGCUCCACAACGCAAGGGAAGCAUUGAUGGGGUUUCCAAUCCGAAAUACAUUCAGUUGGCUAGAUAGCAGAGUGGCCCUCCACUGGAUUCGGGGAAACGGCGAGUACAAACAAUUUGUCAGUCAUCGCGUUCAUAAGAUCCAGGAAAAGGACUAUAUACAGUGGAGGUAUGUCAGUUAA